AUGUCGAAGGCCUUGGCCUUGCACAGCCAGGAGCCCUGGAAGCCCGGAGUUACCCUUCGGUCGAAUUCAGAUAGCACCCACGUGGCUGAAGCAUUCAGCCGACUCAUUUGGGCAUGUCUGAAGCUGGGGAAGAUCAAGGGCGGCAAAUUGAGGUUGACGGACCUCACAGAACGGCUCCUCACCGAAAGAUCAAUGGUGAAUGGGUGCGUAGGUGUUGACCGUGUUGUUACAUUGUGCUUCAGCUACCGUAAGUCACAUUGGUCCGUGGGCCAAGUACUUCGGGCUGCCCUCGUGCUGGAGGCACAAGAUGGAAGACUUGCCGUCGAAUCCUUGGCCAUGUCACCCUGGCCUAUUUCCGAGCUACUUGGCCGUGCGCAGAUGAACCAUCAGGGCCGAGGUGCCCGUGCCGUGACUGGCACGUGCGCCUGUGACAUGAGUUUCUGGUCUCCCGUGGAGGCUCGAGCAGUAGCGGAAACACAACGAGUCUUGGAGGAGAUCAAUCAGCUGACCAGUGAGGACGUCGACCAGAUUUCUGAGGUAGCCCUUUCCGCCACACUGUGCGACUCAAUCACCUGGGAUUCGAGGCUUCUGACAGCGACGACUUUGCUGAAAGAAAUGGUCAAAGACCCGCAAAUUCAGCAGGAGGAGGCGGAUCGCUGAUGUGACGAUAGAUCAGCGGGGCCGUGCUAAUCUGAUAUCACGACAUGUGUGGUAUGAGUCUAGCAUGUGAGCUUCGGAGCUCG